UGCCUACCCUAAUCAUUGCACAUCCAGUACUCAACAUGCGUGUAACAUGUGACAACUUACUUGGCUGGAGGUCAGACAGCCCCAGACACCCAACAUGCACGAGUCACCACAGCACAUCCACCACCACCACUUCUUAGUUGAACCGUCACACCUCAAUCCAAGUCCCAGAGCCACUCAUCAAACCCAAACACUGGUGGAGACGUCAACGCUGGAGAAUGACUGACUCACCCCGGCAUGGGACACCUUCUAGCAAGGCAGACGCCACGUCAUCAACAACAUACGAAGUAGUGUGCCGCAGUACCUGCAGCUUCUUGUGUCGCUUCGCUACGUGGCGACAGGAAACUUCCAAAUCACGCUCUCAGAUUGUGCAGAGAUGUCGGCAGCAUCCGUUUGCAGAUUUGUGAGGCGUAUUGCAACAGCAAUUGCCUCAACUGCCCCACGCCACAUACACUUCCCUGAUCAUCAAGAGACUCAUGCCAUUGUCAAUGAAUUCUACAGGAUUGCUCAACUACCUGGAGUAAUUGGCUAUGUUGAUGGAACCCAUAUAAAAAGUCCUUGGGGGAAUGAUCCUGAACAGUACUGCUGUAGGAAGGGAUCUAUGUCCCUGAAUGUGCAGGGUGCAUGUGAUGCAAAAUUAAGGUUUACAAAUGUUGUAAGUAGUUGGCCUGGCUCCACACAUGAUACAAAAAUUUUUGAAAAUUUCAGAAUUUACACAAAACUUGAACAAGGAGGAUAUUCUGGGCAUCUGUUGGGUGACAGUGCAUACCCAUGUACUCCUUUUCUACUAACUCCAAUACUAAAUCCUAGAAAUGAAAAAGAAGAGAGAUACAAUGCAGCACACAUUAGAACUAGGAAUACUACAGAAAGGGCUUUUGGUGUGUGGAAAAGAAGAUUUGGAAUCCUAAGUAUUCCAAUGCAGACAAAGCUUGGUACCACAAAGCUUAUUAUCAUGGCAUGUGUUAUAUUGCAUAAUAUUGCUAUUUCAAGGCGGUAUCCACUUGUAGAUGAGCCAUGCUGCCCAGAAGGCAAUGAUUACAAUGAUGUUAAUGAGGUUAGACAUGCUGCUGCUGCUAACAAUGAUGAUGAUGAUGAUAUAAAUGGUGGUGAAAUGGCAGUUGACGGUGCUGAGGCGGGUGAUAACAAGAGAUGGUUGCUUAUCGGUGAUAACAAGAGAUGGUUGCUUAUCGAAAGGUGGUUUUAGGCCAGGGGUGGCCAACCAGUCAAUCGCAAUCGACUGGUCGAUCACAAGCCAGUUUUAUGUCGAUCACACUACUCUACCAGUUAAUAAUAUGUCCUUCAGGAGUUGCCAUGCAAAUACCUGCAGGGGGUGAUGAUAUAUUUCUUGACUUCUUUAACUAUCAUUGUGUCAUUCAUCAACUAGCGCUUUGUGGUAAAAUGCUGAAUAUGACUGAAGUCAUGGACAUUUCUUUAAGAUUGUAAAUUCAGUUCGGGCCAGAUGUCUUCAGAGGCGACUGUUUCAAAGUCACUUACAAGAAAAUGAAGUAGAACACUGAUAUGUUGUUGCAUACAGAUGGCAGGUGGUUGAGCAGAGGUAAUUUCUCCAAAGAUUUAGAUAUCUGCUACCUGAAAUUAAAGUGUUUUUGGCCUCAAAAGAUCGGCCUUCGUAUUAGAGAUGUACCGAUACCAAAAUUUUGGCUGAUUCCGAUACCGAUACCAAUACCACCUAAUUGGGCUGAUACCGAUACUACUACCGAUACCAA